AUGCCAACGAGAUGCCUGGGGGGCUUGCGGUGCCUCCCGCGCUCGAGCCGGGCAGACCUUCAAGAGCGUGGCAUUCUGCAGGAGUCGCCAUCAAACGAACCGUGGAUGGUCCACGUCCCCGAUGAGGAGGGCUUGCUCGGCGAGCUGAGCGCAGUAACUGUGGCCAAAGCUGCUGCAGCGAUACAAACAGUGGGCUUCGCCGUGCUGCGCGGUGCUUCCGUGCUGCGUUCCAGCGAGCUCUGCGCCGCCCAGGCGGAAGCAGACGAGGCGCUAGAAGAGAUCAAGGCGACGGCUCAAGAUCUCGGACUCGAGCCCCUGGCGCCUUGGGCUACUCCGAAGCCGACGCCCGGAGCCGGAAACUUGUUUCGAUUUCAGGAGGCGUCUUCUUUUUCGAGCGGCCGGCUAGACAUGACCUUGGAGGAUCCCAAGCCAUCUGGACCAUUGGCAGCACGUCAGGACCUCCUCCGUCUGUGUGAGGUCCUUUUCGACACAGAUUGCCAGCUGGCCAGCCGUGGCGCUUUCUGGAACUUCCCGGGAUCUGGGCGUGAGCACUGGCACCGGGAUGGUUCGAUGCCCUUGCUCACUGUGGUUACCGCAGCUCGGCAAUAUCCUUCUGAUGCAGGAUUCAUUCGCUUGCAGCCCUUUACUCAAACGGGCGCCAUCGACGAAGAUUCGGAGUCCGGCAAAGAGCCGAAGGCAGCCGCUGGCGAGUCGGAGCGUGUCGCUGCCACGCUGCGUCCUGGUGAGCUGCUCCUCUUCCUCUACUCUGCGAAGCAUGCGGCGGUUCCCAACUUCUCCGAAUUCGAUCGGUGUCUGCUUUACUCCGUUUACGGCCCGAAAGGUAUCUCAGACGAUCUCAAUGUCAAGGACAGUGCUCCUUCACUGUCGAGCUUCUCAAAGUCAGAAGCUUCGAUGCUUUCCCUGAUGGCGAAGAACUUGAAUUAA